ACCUUUCUUUUAACAUCUCUAGCCCUCUCUAUCUCUCUCUGACUCGUUUCUGACUCAGUUUCUUUUUCUCUGAGUUAGAGAGAAGAAAAAUGGUGAAAUUCUCAAAAGAACUCGAAGCUCAACUCAUUCCAGAAUGGAAGGAAGCUUUUGUUAACUAUUGGCAACUCAAAAAACAGAUUAAGAAAAUUAAGAUUUCAAAAAUACCAAAACUACUUCCUCAAAUUGAUCACGAGUUUGGUCGUUCCAUUUUCGAUUCGAUUCGGUUUUUCGCCUUCAACAAAUUAUUCAACUCCAGUAACAAAAUUACUGAGAUCAUUCAGGUGAGAAGAAAAAUUAUGGAAGAUGGAGAUGAUGAAGAAGUGUAUCAAACUGAGCUUGUUCAGUUGUUCUCUGAGGAAGAUGAGGUGAGGAUAUUUUUUGAGAAACUUGAUGAAGAACUAAACAAAGUAAACCAGUUUUACAAGGCUAGAGAAACUGAGUUGCUUGAUAGAGGAGAGCUUCUUAACAAGCAGCUUGACAUUAUGUUAAAUAUUAAGCAAAUUCUCAGCAACCGCCGCCGGAAGCCCAAUACCCCUCCUUCUUGGUCAUCUUCUCCCCGGAAUUCUAGCUAUUCCGAGACUACAAUAGAAUCAAAUGAAAAUUCAGAAGAAAGCUCAGAGACAGACGAAGUAAUAGCAGCACUCGAGAAAAAUGGUAUCAAUUUUAUAAACUCAACAACAAGAUCCAAAACCAAGAAAGGCAAACCUAAAAUGGCAAUGAGGAUUGACAUUCCAGCAACAACUCCAACAAAAACAAUCUCAGCAAUUACAUCAAUGCUUUGGGAAGAUUUAGUUAAUAACCCGAAAAAAGAAGGUCCGGCGGAUUUUAUUAACCGUAAAAAAAUUCAAUGUGCUGAGAAGAUGAUUCGUGGUGCUUUUGUUGAGCUCUAUCGCGGUCUUGGCCUUCUCAAAACUUACAGCUCGUUGAACAUGGUGGCUUUCACGAAAAUCCUGAAAAAAUUUGACAAGGUGGCAAACCAACAAGCAUCAGCUAGUUACCUAAGGGCAGUGAAGAGAUCCCAUUUUAUUAGCUCUGACAAGGUUGUUAGACUAAUGGAUGAAGUGGAGUCCAUAUUCACAAAGCACUUCGCCAACAAUGACAGGAAAAAAGCCAUGAAGUUCCUUAGACCUCAGCAGCACAAGGAGUCUCACAUGGUUACUUUUUUUGUUGGGCUAUUUACAGGGUGUUUUGUGUCACUGUUUAGUGUAUAUGCAAUAUUGGCACAUUUAUCGGGCAUUUUUAGGCCCAGUACUGAAAGAUCUUACGUGGAAACUGUCUAUCCUGUUUUCAGUGUAUUUGCGUUAUUAAGCCUACAUUUGUUCAUGUACGGAUGCAAUCUGUUCAUGUGGAAAAGUACAAGGAUCAACUACAAUUUUAUUUUUGAAUUUCAACCAAAUACAUCCCUCAAAUACAGAGAUGCAUUUCUCAUUUGCACUACUUUCAUGACCUCUGUGGUUUCUGCUAUGGUCAUUCAUCUUCUCUUAAGGGCUAAUGGCUUUUCACCAACUCAUGUUGAUGCCAUUCCAGGAAUUCUCCUUCUUAUUUUCAUCGCCUUGCUGAUUUGCCCCUUUGACUUCCUUUAUCGUCCUACACGAUAUUGCUUCCUUCGGAUUAUUCGUAACAUUGUCUUUUCUCCACUUUAUAAGGUUUUGAUGGUGGACUUUUUUAUGGCUGACCAACUUACCAGCCAGAUUCCGCUUCUGAGACACUUGGAAUCCACAACAUGUUACUUUCUGGCAGGAAGUCUCAAGACACACAGAUUCGAAACCUGCAGUAAUGGAAUAUUAUAUAGAGAGCUUGCUUAUGUAAUUUCAUUUUUGCCAUACUAUUGGCGAGCAAUGCAGUGUGCAAGAAGAUGGUUUGAUGAGUGUGAUGUGAACCAUUUGGCCAAUAUGGGAAAAUAUGUUUCCGCCAUGGUGGCGGCCGGAGCUAGGCUAACUUACGCUCGGCAAGAGAAUCAUCUAUGGCUCGGCAUUGUCUUGGUCACUUCUUUUAUAGCUACUGUUUAUCAAUUGUAUUGGGAUUUUGUCAAGGAUUGGGGACUAUUUCACCUAAAUUCCAAAAAUAAAUGGUUAAGAGACGAUUUGGUCCUGAAGAAUAAAAGCAUUUACUACAUUUCCAUUGCGUUUAACAUAGUCCUGAGAGUUGUUUGGUUGGAGACUGUUAUGCGAUUUCGUUUCGGUAUCAUAGAGACACGGAUGUUGGACUUUUUCUUGGCUUCUUUAGAGAUUAUUCGUCGAGGACAUUGGAAUUUCUACAGGUUGGAGAAUGAGCAUCUAAAUAAUGUUGGCAAGUUCAGGGCAGUGAAGGCAGUUCCGUUACCGUUCCGCGAGAUGGAUUCUGAUGGCUAACCUGAUUUGAACAGUGUGCAAGCAAUUGCCAAUUGAAGUCUCUAGCCUUUGCUGUGAUUCGAUUACCAAUCAUUCGAGACUUUGCUGCUACGCACCAUUCGAUCAGGAUCAACUUCCUGUAAUUGAACAGAAAAAUAACAAAAAAAGUGUGAAUGGCCUUGUCAUUGUUAUUGCUCACAGAUCAAAUUCAUUCUGUGAAUUGUAUAGUUCCAUCUGAUUUGAGCCAGGAUUGAAUAACAUUUGUUGUACAAUUGAGAAGUACUCUUUAAUGCGACAAAAUUAUAUAAAA